AUGGGUCUGGCCGAGAAAUGUGAGUUUCACGUCGAUUCUAUUUCGUUGCUUGGGUUCAUCGUGGAGAAGGGCCAGCUGGGAGGCGAUCCUGCCAAGAUUAAGGCGGUGGUGGAAUGGACGACACGCACCACGAGGAAGCAGUUACGUUUCUUGGGGUGGGAUUCGGAGGCCGACAGAGCGUUUGCCGAAUUAAAGAAGUCAUUCACUAAGCCACCCGUGUUGAAACACCCUAACCCUCAUAUUGCUUUUGUAGUAGAGGUGGACGCUUCGGAUUCAGGAUUGGGGGCAGUACUGUCUCAGCGUUCACCAGUCGACCAGAGGAUCCACCCUUGCGCCUUCUUCUCACGACGUCUCAGUCCUGCUGAAGCCAACUAUGAUGUGGGAAAUGGAGAAUUCCCAGGAUACAAAAACGUGAAACCUGACGCCCUAUCUCGGAUCUAUGACCCAGCAGUCGAGAGCAGUGUACCUCAGAGAAUCCUACCAGACCACCGCAUCAUUGGAGCGCUUAGUAGCGUUGCGUUCACAGUCACUUGUAAAAGACUAGAAACAGCAGCCUCUUGUUUUCGAACGUGUUCUCCUCAGCUAUCCUUGUCAUCCCUUCUGUUGCUGCUACUUUGUGGGGUUCACUGCUAUGAAUCGGCCGCGGAGUCGCCUCUCACUUUCGAGUACAGAGAUCCGUCCACGGGGGAGACGCUCGCGUGCAACAAGUGUCCGCCUGGCACGCACUUGUCCGCCUACUGCACGGCCGCCACUCAAACGCAGUGCGCGCCGUGCAGAGGCGGACACUUCACGGAGCUGUGGAACUACCUGCCAAAGUGCCUGUACUGCAACAAAUUCUGCACCGGCGACAAGGAGGUCGAGACCGAGUGUGGACCUCGCAACAAUAGAGUGUGUCGCUGUAAGGAGGGCUACUACAUGACGGAAGACUACUGCAAUAAACACACAGCGUGCGCCCACGGAUAUGGCGUUCUUACUAGAGGUACAUCACAAAAUGACACAGUAUGUCAAAUGUGCUCCAAUGGUUUCUUCUCCGCCUCUUCCUCUGCAAUGGAGUCAUGUGCCAAGCACAAGGAGUGUGUCAAUGGGCAGCUUGUGCUCCUCAAUGGCUCUGCAGCCCAUGACACGAUAUGUGGCCUCUGUGAGGAUAUUGCAAAUGGAGGUGAGCUUCUCAGGACCUUCUUGUCAAGAUUCUUUGGAAUGCACAGAAUACGCUUGAGUAAAAUGAUGAGAUUUUUAAACAGAUGUAUCGCUAAGUCAGGGCUGGAAAGCCGCCCCUUGCGCUUCUCCUUGACUCAACAUCAGCUGCGGCCUCAUUUGUUGCAUCUAAUCAGAAACUGGAUCCAGAACGCCCCAAACAAGGAGCUGGAGAUUCUACCACGCAUGCUGAGGGUUUGCCGGCUCACGUCCAUGGCAGAGAAGCUGCACAAGAGACUCAAAGUGAUUGAGGGGCAACAACCAAACUGUACCUUAACACAUUUAUUCUCAUUUGACUAAUGUCUGUACAUUUCAAAAUGAUAACAUUUUCAACAGUAAAAUGUGUUGCGAUUGUAAUUGUAUAAGCUGUAUUCCUUGAUUGAUAUCUGAAAAAGCUAGGACUUAAAGGGAAUCUGAAUAAAUAUCAGAUUUUU